ACAUCCUGAUUUCCUGUACCACAUGUAUAUAAGGCGGUGUGAAUCCCAAAAGCGACAUUCAAAUUGUUUAUUCUCUCGUGGAUAAACAGCGUAACUGACAGGAUGCGCCUUCUUAACGUUGCAGUUGUUGUAGUCUUGGUCUUCCUUGGCUCCGCCCUUGGUGGCCAUGGUGGUGGUGGUGGCGGCCAUGGAGGCGGAGGCCACGGAGGCGGAGGCCAUGGAGGUGGCGGCCACGGUGGUGGUGGUGGUGGUGGUCACGGAGGCGGCGGUCACGGUGGUGGAGGUCACGGAGGUGGUGGCCAUGGAGGAGGAGGAGGAGGAGGACACGGAGGUGGUGGCCAUGGAGGAGGAGGAGGAGGCCACGGAGGUGGUGGCCACGGAGGAGGUGGUCACGGAGGAGGUGGUCAUGGAGGUGGUGGUCAUGGAGGCGGACACCACGGUUAAAAGAUUCAAGGAUCAUCAUAUUCACAUCAAAUGCUGGACAUUUGAUAUCAUAUUUGUCGAUUGCACUCACCAUGCUGCAUCCAUCCAUUCUGUCUAUUUCUCAACGAGUACAAAUAAAGCUGUGAUUUAUAUUGUAAAUAUAUCUUUGGUUAUAUUUUCUUCAAGUACAAUCAAAUUCAAGAUUGUAUGAGCUAGUUUCCCUACU